UCUUCUAAUUUUUCUCUGACGCAACUGUCACACAUUCAUCCAACUAUGUAGUCGUAAAAAAUAUAUUUUUUUAAAGCAAAAUAAUUUUAAUACUUCCAAAACACAACAGAACAGCUAUAGUUACAAUAGCUAUGAUGGGAUGACGAAAAGCAGGAAAAAUGAUUACAACCAAUAUUGAAAAUACGGAAAAUGUACACAAACAGACGAAAUACUGAAAUAGACAGAUUGUAAUUUUGGAACAAUUAUACAGUUAUUAGCACACAAUGUUUAAAGAAGAUGAUGAUGUUGAGGAGGGAUCGAUGGGGGCUACGAGAUACAAUGUCAUGCCCUCAUUGGUCGCUCUGCAGCAGAUGAGGAACCGGCUCCAUCUCGCCUUCCUCGGCAAGAAGCUCAUGAAGUGGACCGCCUUGGCUACCGGCAAGGAAUUAAGAAGACUUUCUAUUGAGAUCACUGGCAUGAUAGGAAGUUACCAAGACGACGUUGCUACUGCGUUCAUGCUUCUGGCCCGCAGUAGAUACUUCUUCCCGAAGAUGAACGUGAUUGUCUUGGAGAAUGUGCCACAUACGGCCAGUCUUAGAGUUAGUGUAAGGCACAGAGGCGUGGCAGGAGUCAAAGUCGUGAAUCUUGAUAUAUUAGAGUCUGCGAUCGAUCCAUACCCUUAUCUGGGGAUAGAAAAAGGCGGUAUGACAAUAUGGGACGCAAAAGAAGCGUGGUACAACGUUCUGAAGGUGAUGAUAAUGUUGCUGGAAGCGAAGACAACCUUCAACCUAGUGGAAAUUGCUCACAAAAAUGCCACUAAGAAACAGAAUGUACUAGCCAGAGUAGUAAUACCAAGGAUAGUAGCCACAAUGAAAUACAUUUCAUCUGAGCUGGAAGAGAUGGAGCGAGAAGAGACAUUCAGGUUAAAAAGAUUCAAAGAACUGAAAAUAAAGAGAGCCAGACCCGCGCCGUCUCAAGUUGUAAAAGUUCAAGAAGUGGUUGUACCAGAAAAAGUAGCAAAACCAGAAGAAGUAAAACCGAAACCAGAAGAAAUAAAAGAAAAACCAGCAGAAGCAGUCAUAGAAAAACUAGCAGAAGAAGUCAUAGAAAAACCGGUAGAAGAAGUAAUAGAGAAACUGGAAGAGGUAAUAGAAAAACCGAAAGAAAUAAUACCAGAAGCAGUAGUUGUAGCAGAAAAGAUAGGCGAGCCAGUACAAGAACCUGAACCAAGAAAAAAAAUAUCUUUGGAAGAAAUGGACGAAAAUUUGUACGAACGCGUUAUAGAUGAUACUUUUCCAAGAUUAAUAAGGGAUGAAAAAAUUAUUGAGAGUAUAAUAAAUACCAACAUAUGUGCUUGCUGCCUCUCGCUAUUCGAAACGAAAAAUGACUCGAGCCAGGUUAUUUGUCCGUUGUGUCAGUUAGAAGCACAAGCAAGAGAACGACACCAAAACAUUAAGCUGAAUGUGGUGCCCUGUGAAAGUAUAUGUGGAAAAACAAAUGAUAAUGAGAAACGCCUUGACAAUCUUAUGACACAUAUUAAUGAAGUUAUUAAUUUGGCUGAGCAAUAUAAAACUGAAGGCAUCACGUCGCCGAGUAUCGAAAACUUUAUCAAGUCUUGUAGCGCUGUCAAGUGUAAGAUUGAAGAUAUUAAAAGUAGCACUGCGUCUGCCGCUCCUACAGUUGGACGUUCACCUGUGUGUGAUGAAUCGAAGCCAAAAUCUAAACCAUGUAGCGGCGCUUCAACUCAGCCCGCGUCGGCAGCACCAACACGAGCGCCAUCUAUAUGCAAAAGAGUAACAGAUCACCUUUCAGAACUUUACGAUUUAACACCGGUGCCGGAGCCGAAAUUGGGCUACUUCGAGACUAAAUUCAAAGAAAUAGUUAAAGUGACUAGAUUGAAAAAUUCGGAUGGAACUUUCUCAGAGGAAAAACAAGUCAUUACUAUCAAAACUGAAAGGAGAAAACCUCAUAGUGAAGAUGAAGAUCAACCGUGUUUAGCCACCUGUCCUGCGAGCGAUAGUGGCGGAGGUGGGGGAGGGUAUGGUGGCGGACGAGGAUCCUGCCACGGAGGAGGACUUGGAGGCGCCGAGAGUGGAGGGGGCACUGGUGGGAUACUCGCCAGUGGUAGUAAGGCCGCGUCAGGAGGUGGGGCUAGUGUAUGCAUACGUGAAAGUGUAUCACAGCGAAGCGGCGGCCAGAGAGUAUGUGUGGCCAGUGCCAGUGGCUCAAUCCCAAGCGAAGAGUUUAGUUUCGAGGGAGACGCCAGUUAUCCUUGUGGCCAUAGCCGUGAACCCAGCACUUGUGGAACAGCCAGCAUGCCUAUACCAUCUGAUGAGCGCAUUACUUUCCGAGGACAUACGCCAAAGCCGUGCGACAGUUGCAAUUUGUAUGGAACAGAUAGUAUGCCCUUACCAUGCGAGGAUCCAACCAUAUGCACGGCUGGACGGCCGAUUCCAUGCUGCAACUCAGUCGUGCGCGGGGCUGGCAGUGUGCCAAUGCCAUCUAGUGAUGCCAGUGUUAUCGGAAAAGCAAAAGCAAUACCAUGUCAUUUCCCCUGCCUUGAUGUGAAAGAACCUAAACCCGUUACACCUAAACCCAGCGAGGCCCCUACUCUUUGCAGUUCACAUAUGGCAAGCUAUGUUGCCAGCCAGAACAAAUUUGGUACUGGUAGUAAGCGUGGCAGUAAGACAGCUAUGAGCUUUAAUGAAUGUGAACACCAUCGUGGUAGUGUUGUAGGAGCGGGCGCGGGCGUAUGUCAGGCAGGCAGUGCUCCCAAUGUAGCCCGAGGCAGGACAUGCCAAACUACAGCUGUUAAGAAGCAAUCGUCUGGAGGCGUCUGUAGGUCAUGCCAGUCUGCAGCGCUUAAAGCUCAACUUUCAGCCGUUAAACCCCAAUCCUCAGGGGGAGUGUGUAGGGCAUGCCAAUCUGCAGCUUUUAAAGCCCAACCUUCAGCCGCUAGAACCCAAUCCUUAGGUGGCGUAUGCUGGCCAUGCCAACCUCCGGCCGUUAGAUCCCAUGCCUCAGGUGGAGUAUGUAGACCAUGCCAAUUUUCAGCCGUUGGACCCCAGUCUUCAGACGGCGUAUAUAAGUCGAGCCAAACCUCAUUUAUUAAGCCCCAAUCCUCAGGUGGAGUAUGUAAGUCAUGUCAAUCGUCAGACUUAAAACCCCAAUCGUCAGCCGUAAGAACCCAGCCUUCGGGUAUUGUAUGUAGGUCAUGCCAAUCCUCAUUUGUUAAACCCCAAUCAUCAGAGGGUGUAUGUAGAUCAUGCCAAUCUUCUGCUAUUAAGACCAAAUCCUUUGGUGGUGUAUGUAAGUCUAGCCAAUCGUCAGACAUUAGACCCCCGCCUCCGACUCUUGUAUGUAGGUCAUGCCAAUCCUCAUUCGUUAAGACCGAACCCUCGGGUGAAGUUAGUAAGCCACCCCAAUCGUCAGAUGUCAGACCCCAAACGUCAGUCGUAAGAACUCAAUCCUCAGGAGGAAUAUGUAAGCCAUGCCUAUCUUCGACUGUUAGACCUCAAUCUUCAGUCGUGAGGACUCAAUCUUCUGGUAUAGUGUGUAGGUCUUGCCAAUCUUCAGACGUUAGACCCCCAUCUACAGACGGUGUUAGUAAGCCAUGCCCGUCUUCAACUGUCAGACCUCAAUCUUCAGUCGUUAAGACUUUAUCUUCAUGUGGAAUAUGCAAGUCACGCCAAUCGUCAAAAACCCAAUUUGCGGAGGGUGGAUAUAAGACAUGUGAAUCUUCACCAGCUAGAUCCCAAUCUUCAGGUGGUGUAUCUGAGUCAGGUCAGUCGACAACCAGUCGACCACCAUCCCCGGGUAUUAUAGUAUGUAGGUCACGAAAUGCCUUAGCCCCUAGACCAAAAUCUUCUGGCAGUAUCAGGUCAGGCCAAUCCUCAGCCCCUAAACCCCAAUCUGCAGGUGGUGUGUGUAGUAAAAGCCACGCUGGAAGUAUGGAGUUGGGUGUUAUGUGCUCAUUGUGCAACCGUACGGCGAGAAGCGAAGAGUCGGGGACCCCUCCGGUAAAAACAAGGUCAGAAGCCUCACACCGCAGCCCUCCGAUGGGAGAACCAAAACUCCGGACUUGUAUGUCAGCUGGGUACCAAAAGAGUGCCACAAGUGAGGAAUUAAUAGGAAUAGAUGGAUCGUGCGAAUGUUAUAGGAACACUAAGCAACAUCCACCGUCAUUUAAAUUAGAAUUACCAAUACCAACGGCAUGCAGAAGCACCUCAAUGAAUACAGAGGUAUGCGGCCCUGAAUAUUCUAUAUCUACCUACAGCAUAUCAUAUCCCCACGAAUCGAAAGCUUACAUCAAAAUAUCCUCAUCAAAAUCGGUACAAACUUGCGGGGCUAACGUAAAGGGUAAAAACUCCUCUGAUAAAGCCACCAGUUGUAUCCCAAAUUGCAGCGGCUUAAGUCGUGGAAGCAAACAGUCUGAUUCAAAAUGGGUGAUCACCGAACUAUGUAAUAAGGAAGCUUGUACCUCUGACACUUACUUAGAAUGUAUACCAAGGAGGAUCCUAGUAAGGACCUCAAGGACGUCUACCCCUUUGACCAGUUGCGGCAGUAGCUGCAUGAAACAUAAGAGGUCGACCAGCAGUUGUACUUUCAGAAAUGGGUCUGGCAAGACCGAUGAGAAUGGUGAAGUUGUUCUCAAAGGCAGCGUGCUUAGUGAGCUCCGGAAGAUGAUUCUAAAUGCAAGUGUAUCAGCACACAGUAAUGACCAAAGCGAAAACGAAGACUCGAGAUCCGUGUGUUCUAAAUGCGCAUCGAAAUUCCCUAAAAAUAAAAAUAAUAUCAACCAUGCAUAUUACACCUUUCAAUCGAAAAAUUUCAUGGAGUACGAUGAAGUUUUUGCUAAAGAAUUCUGUGGUUCUUGUGGUACUCUAGGGCAGUACUCAAGUACGUCGGGUUCCGCAUCCUAUAGGAGUGCGGCAGUCGGUUCAAUGUUCACUGAUGCAUCAUCCGCAGUCUCUUGCUGCCCUAAGAAUGCUCUAUCCGGGAAAAGUUCAGGAAGUGCGUAUUCUGAUUGCAAAUCAACGUACCUUUCGUUAGCACAGGCACUGAAAUCAUCAAAAACCAGCUGUCCUGCACCCUCCGUCACAGCUAGUUAUCCUGCUGAGAACAUUAAACCUGAAGAAAUAUGCUGCCCAAAACCGAAGCCAAUUUAUCGAGUGUUAGAGUCACAACCGAGCGUUGAUCGAAUAGAAUCAAGCACUGUAGGAAUCAAUCGGACUAAAACACAGCGAGACGCAGCAACUUGCACUAAAAGAUGCGACAGAUAUGAUUGUAGACCUGUGAAGAGUUUGAAUAAAGGGCAUGCGUGUGCAAUAAUCCGUAAACGUACUUGUGCAUGCCAUUCUGAUACGCAUAUGCUGAGAUAUAGGCCUCAAUCUUCCGCACCAGUGCCACGAUCGCAAUCCUGUUGCAAUUGCAUAUGUAGGCGGUGAUGGGCUGGCGAUCCCAAACGUUAAUCAAGCAGUAUUCCGUUUAGUCAAUCAUUUCUCUAUACCUAUUCAUUUAUGAAAAGGAAAUAAAGAUCUAAUUAAUAAAACAUUUUAUUUUUAUCUCUCAAGCCA